UUACACCACACUUGUGUGAUUAUAGUGUAUGUUGUUGUGGUAUAUCGUAGUCAUCUUCUUCUUCUUUUUUUUUUUUCUUUUUCGAUUGUUUUCCCUGUUAUGUUAUCGUGUUCGUAUACAUGCCUUUUCAGGACUGCAAAAAAUGGAACCCGAAACCCUAGAAAUUUUAGUGUUUUUGGGUAUGUCGAGUGACGAAAACGUAGAGAAGAACAAAAUCCCAGCUGAAGCAGUUGAUUCUGAAACCCUAAUGGCUGAUACUGGUGGUACUGGUCCUGGACCUGGGUUACCUGAUGAGGGGCCUAGGGUUUCUGGUGAUAAUGGAAAUGUGGAUACUGGUGUUAUUAUCGAGCAGGAGAGUCCGGAAGUUGGAAAUGGUGUCGAUGGUGAUGGAAUUUCUCUUUUGGUGGAAGUUCAUGGGUCAUUGGAAAAUGUCGACAGAAGCGGGAGUGAGGGUGCUAGUCAAGGGGCUGAAGUGGAACUAGGACGUGGAGAUUUUGUUGAGGGAAUGAGCGGAGAGGAGAAUGGGGAUGAUAAUACGGAUGAUGAGAUGGUUGAUGCGGUUGAUGUGGAAAUUACAGAGGAUAAUUCUACUGUAAAACAUGUGUAUAAAGUUGGUGACUUUGUGUGGGGCAAGAUUAAGAGUCAUCCAUGGUGGCCAGGGCGUGUUUAUGAUGCUUCUAGUGCCUCAGAUUUUGCUAUGAAGUAUAAUCAGUCAGGUCGAUUGCUAGUGGCAUACUUUGGAGAUGGCUCGUUUUCUUGGUGCCCUCCUUCACAGUUGGUACCUUUUGUGGACAACUUUCAAAAUAUGUCGAAGCAAAGCACUUCCAAGAGCUUCUUAUAUGCUGUUGAAAAGGCCCUGGAGGAAAUUAAUGUACUUGUAGAGUUGUGCAUUACUUGCCAAUGCAUCUCCAAAGAGAGUCAUGAUGGACUUAUUUGGCCAUUAGCAGUUAAUGCCGGAAUUAGAAAAGGUGUUCAAGUGCCUGAAGGAGAAACAGUUAGACUUCUACUUUGUCAGUAUGAACCUGCUGAAAUACUUAAAAGUCUACAUCGACAUGCAAAAAUCAACGCUAAUUCCAAUAUACUUGAGUGUUCUGUCUUAAGAAGUUGUCUCUCUGCUUUUUAUCGUGCUAAAUGUGGACGCCCCUUGGCUUUAUGCUGUGAACCCCUGCCAGUUGAAGGCCUUGAGGACAAGAAGAAGGAUCAAGGUGUUGAUGCAAAUGACUUCAGCAUACCUAUUGAGGUUCCUAUACAUGGUCCACCAGAAGAAGAAACUCCCAAUUCCGUCUCUGCAAAGUUUCCUCUGACUGUUUGUGAGAAGAUUUCUGACAAAACGAAGCUGAAAAGUGUUGCUGAGCUUAUGGGCGAGAAUGUCAAGACCAAAGCUAAGAAGACAACCAUAGGAGAUUCUACACCUUCGUCAGUAGAAACAUCUGAGAAGAAAAGGAAGAAGUCUGGUAGCGGCUCUAAGAGUGUUGAUGAAAAAAGCUCUAAGGGGGUCAGCAAGAAGUCUGGUGGUAGCACUGACUCGGAAAAAACAAAGAAACUUACUGUUUCAAUUCCUGACCGUGAUGCACUCAGUGGUCAGCUGGACAUGAAUGCGAGCCCUUUAUCAAGGGAAAGAAAGAAAAGCAAAUAUUUGUCACCUCCUUAUACUGUGACCCCUAGGUGGAAUGCAGGAAAGUCAACCUUUAAGAGAGAAUUGGAAGAAGAAUCUCAGAAAAUUUCUGCUAUUAGCAGAAUGGGCGAACGUGUGACAAAGGCUGCUCGGCUUCUUUUGUCUUCUCCUGAUGCAAACCAUGGCGAUGAGACAGUCAAGGAGAAAAAAGCUGAACAGUUAGAUGAUGUUGACAAGAGUUCUCAGAUUGAAAAGCAAAGCUCUAUGAUUUUCGGCACCAUGGAUAUUAAUUCAUCGGUGAACGAGGUACUGUCUGAGGUUCAGUCUACUGCUCUCAACCCUCGUUUAUUGAGGAAUGGAUCUCUUGAGAAGGCCAAAGGUUUCAUUUCCAGUUUCAGAAACUCAGUAUAUCUUGAUGGUUCAAACUACAAACUAUACAAUAAAGUGAAAACUGGAAAGAAGAGAAAAUCUGUGGAACUAGGGUCAGUUCCUUCUCUUGCAAAGAAAAGGAGGACUAAACUCAGUAAAGCACCUGGGCCUUCUAAUCAGGGAGCAAAAAUUGAAGGAGAUGGUAGAGAAACUUCAUCCGCAAUUCUGAGGGUUACAUUUUCUACUGAUGUUUCUUUGCCAUCAGAAGAUGAAAUCAUCCAGAUAUAUAACAAGUUUGGGGAACUGGAUGAAAAGGAAACAAAAUUUUUACGUGAUUCAAAUGCUGUACUAAUCGUCUACAGUCGCGGUUCAGAUGCUGUAAAGGCCUUCAAUGCAUCCGUGAGGCAAAGUCCUUUUGGUGCUGCUAAUGUGAAUUUUACUCUCAGUUAUCCCUCCAACUCUGAUCUUCCACUUUCCUCACUGAAAGCCUGUAAGGGGAAGAAGUCAGAUGUACAAUUAAUCCAGCAGAAGCUGAAGGCGAUGUCCUCAAUCCUGGAAAGAUGUAAAGGUAAGAUUUCAGCCGUGGAGAAAUCAGAGUUGGAAGGUGAGAUCAAAGGCUUGCUGGAGAAGGUAAGCGAGGUGACAUCAACAAACCCAUAGGGGAUACUAGGAUGUGAAGCUGGUUGCUUCAACUUGUCGUGUUCUCCGUUUGUUGAUAGUGUUAGAUUGUCCAGGUUUUGUUGAUUAGGAUACUUAAUUGACUUCUCUUAGGUUCAUGUAUGAAGUAGGAGCAUACAAUGGUAGCGCUGUACAAUUGAUUUGCUCUAGUUACUAUACAGCUGCAUUUACUUUGAUCA